AACUCGGGAGGUGCCCACAGGUCAGUGCUGGGGGACAACCCAGAGCUCCUUACCCAUUACUAUGAUGAUGCAAGAACCAUGUAUGAAGUUUUCAAAAGGGGGCUACUGAUCACUGGUGAUGGUCCGUGUUUGGGGUGGAGAAAGCCAGCCCAGCCAUAUGAGUGGCUCUCAUAUAAAGAGGUCAUAGAUAAGGCAGAGUGUCUAGGAUCAGGGUUGAUCUUCCAGGGAUCCAAGCCAUGUCCGAACCAGUUCAUUGGGGUCUUUGCUCAAAACAGGCCUGAGUGGAUAAUUGCAGAGUUAGCUUGCUAUACCUAUUCCAUGGUGGUUGUCCCACUUUAUGACACUCUGGGACCAGGAGCCACUCGCCACAUUAUUAACACAGCUGAGAUUUCCACAGUUAUAUGUGACAGACCAGAAAAGGCAAUGGCUCUCUUACAGAAUGUGGAGAAACAAGAGACACCGGGGCUUAAAACAAUCAUUUUAAUGGAUCCAUUUGAUGUGUCACUGGUGGAGAGAGGCAACAAAUGUGGGGUGCAAGUCCAAGCCCUUAGAGACAUUGAGGCUUUGGGAAGAAUACACCGCCGAAUGCCUGUGCCUCCUCGACCAGAUGACUUAUCGAUUGUGUGCUUUACCAGUGGAACGACAGGAAACCCCAAGGGUGUUAUGCUUACUCAUGGGAAUGUUGUGGCAGAUUUUUCUGGCUUCCUUAAAGUGACAGAGAAAGUCAUCUUUCCCAGACAGGAUGAUGUGCUUCUCUCCUUCCUCCCUCUUGCCCAUAUGUUUGAAAGAGUUAUCCAGUCUGUAGUUUACUUACAUGGAGGAAGGGUUGGCUUCUUUCAAGGAGACAUCAGGCUUCUACCGGAUGACAUGAAAACACUACGUCCUACAGUCUUUCCAGUGGUUCCCCGCUUGCUGAACAGAAUGUAUGACAAGGUCUUCAGUAUGGCAAACACUCCAUGGAAGCGAUGGCUUUUGGAAUUUGCAGCAAAAAGAAAAGAAGAAGAAGUCAAAAAUGGCAUUGUCAGAUGCAACAGCCUGUGGGAUAAACUCUUCUUUAAUAAAAUUCAGGCAAGUCUUGGUGGACGUGUCCGAAUGAUUGUUACAGGAGCAGCUCCAGCUUCACCUACUGUCUUGGGCUUCUUGAGAGCAGCAUUGGGAUGUCAGAUAUAUGAGGGCUAUGGGCAGACAGAGUGUACCGCUGGAAGCACCUUCACCACACCUGGUGACUGGACCGCAAGUCAUGUUGGAGCUCCACUGCCAUGCAAUUACAUCAAGUUGGUGGAUGUGGAAGACAUGAAUUACUUUGCUUCCAAAGGAGAGGGUGAGAUUUGCAUCAAAGGGCCAAAUGUAUUCAAGGGCUACCUCAAAGACGCAGCGAGAACAGCCGAAGCGUUAGAUGAAGAUGGAUGGCUGCAUACUGGAGAUGUGGGAAUGUGGUUGUCCAAUGGGACUUUAAAAAUAAUUGAUCGGAAGAAGCACAUCUUUAAACUUGCUCAAGGAGAAUAUAUUUCCCCAGAGAAGAUCGAAAACAUCUAUAUUCGAAGUGAGCCAGUGGCCCAGCUCUAUGUCCAUGGGGACAGUUUGCAGUCCUGUUUAGUUGGCAUUGUAGUACCUGAUCCUGAGAUGAUGCCAUCAUGGGCCAGCAAAAGGGGUUUUGAAGGGCAUUUUGGAGACCUUUGCCAAGACAAGGGUGUUAAAAAAGCAAUAAUGGAAGAUUUGGUGCGCUUAGGGAAACAGAAUGGACUUCAUUCGUUUGAACAGGUCAAGGACAUCUACAUCCACAGUGAAAUGUUUUCAGUUCAGAAUGGCCUUCUUACUCCAACACUGAAGGCAAAAAGGCCUGAACUUAGGGAAUACUUUAAGGAAAAACUCGAGGAGCUGUAUUCCAAUAUUUCAAUGUAAAUUCCCUACUCUAAUAACGUUUUUUUUUAGAAAGACUGCUGUAAAUAAUCCACUUGUUCUUAACUCUGGAUUAAAAUAUCAUACCAAUA